AUGAAAACUGGGCUGCGCACUGGGAUCAGGGAAGACAGAAAUCGGCAGUCCAAAAAGGCUUGGUUGAAAUUGUCCUCAAUGCUUGCGCCGUGUCGCAAUCAAAAUGCUUUACGGCUCAAGUCAAACAGCUUUCUAAAUCGCGCACACAACGUUUUGGAGUUUUCCUGUGCUCCAAUGGAUACAAUAUCGUAUCGUGCACUUGGCCGAAUUUUCUGGCUAGCACAAAUAGCUUCCGAGGCCGUACCGUACGCGCCGAAUGGCCGCCGCUCGAGUCUUGUGAUCCUGAGCUUGAUGUUUCAUCAUUGCUGGUCUUUUUGCCGCUCAGUCGCUCAGAGUCGCCCAUCCGAACAUCAUGCAUGUCAUUUCGCGGCAGUCGGCGCACGACUCCAAACAAGUCGCGCGGCGCAUUCGUCGCAUUUGCCUCAGAAGUUCGUCGUUGGCGACCAAACAAUGGCAGAUCAUGAUGUGUGCGAACUCCCGUGGUGCCGUGCGUGUUCGGCGGCGAUGCGACCGUGUCCGUUCCUGUGUCUAGUUCGAGCUUUUAUGUGCCAUCAACCGGCACCAAAUACCUCGAGCAGCACUUGA